AUGGGCAAGAAGGAGCAGAAGGACCACGCGGCCGCGGAGCAGUUCGAGCGCGCGAAGCUCCGGGAGCAGUUCGACCGCAUCGACACCGACGGCAGCGGCAAGGUCGACAAGUUCGAGCUCAAGUUCCUGCUGCGCAAGGUCACGGGGUCGACGCCGACGGACGACGAGGUCGAGGCCAUCAUGCAGGACAUCGACACGUCCGGCGACGGCCUCGUCGACUUCUCCGAGUUC